CAGCUUCGAUGGCAGUGACCAGAUCCUGCCCCACCACAUCCUGGGGAGUCUCCAGGACUUUAGGAGAAUUGCACUUGCUCGAGGGAACACCCAGGUUUGUUUGCACUUAACUACCUGGCCAAGGGAAGUCACUGCAGUCAUUUCGGUCUCCCGCCUGGCAGAGUCAAGCAGGACUGGGGUUAAAGAGACCGUCUAGUCUCUAGGUUUUGAGUCUGAGCUGAUGAGUGACCCUCUCCCAGAAUACUUAGACACUUCAGUUGCAGGGCACAGAAGGUAGUUUAAGCUGGCUUCAGUAAAGUCAGAGAUUUACUGUAAGGACCAGAGAUUGCCUCAUAGAACCGAAAGGCAAGAAUACCUGGGUCUGGGUAGACUGCACCCAGAAAAGCAUCAGGACUCAGGGCCCAAAUGCCUCAUUUUCCUCUGCUCUUUGCACUGUCUGGAUUUUCCCUUCUCUGGAGAUCAGCCUGUUCUCCUCAGUCCACAUGGUGGAGGAGGGUGGCUUCCCACUGCUCCUUGGGCCACGGGAAGAUUUUGUGUCUUUCCAACCUUCCCAUCAUGCCGUGCUUCUCCUGUCUCUUCCCCUUGCUUUCCUGGUUCCAGGCUGACUGAUUGGUUAGGCACUAAGGGUCCUAGGGCCAUGUAAGAAUGCUUCCAUUUGCACAUGGGUGGAGGUGUCAAUCAAUGGCAGCAGUGAAGAGGACAAAUAUACUAAAAGAUGUUGACCGCAAUCUUGAAACAGAGCUUCCCUUUCUGGGGGAGAGUGGACUGACAGCUGCGUUCAGGGCCCCCUGGUUCUGGAGUUUCUUUUCUGUCACUGGCUACCCUGGAGUCCUGCAGAGGAGGGAUUCUCAGCACAGUGGGAUGACAGCAAGGGUUUAGGUCUCAGGAAAUGUGUGCUCAGCCCCUUCCAGAGCCAUCUCACUACCCUCCACAUGCCCAUGCUGUAAUUUUCAGCUGGCUGAGCUCAUACCUGCCUCACCCUGUCUGAUGACCCUCAUCUCAGCUAAAGAAGAGUCAAAGCAAAAAGCCCCAAAGGAAGAGAAGAGACCUCCCUGGGCCCCACCUCCUCAGCACAACUUUCUGAAAAACUGGCAGCGUAACAUAGCCCUGCGGAAGAAGCAGCAGGAAGCCCUCAGCGAACACCUGAAAAAGCCGGUCAGCGAGCUGCUCAUGCACACUGGGGAGACCUACAGACGGAUCCAGGAGGAGCGGGAGCUCAUUGACUGUACACUUCCAACCCGGCGUGAUAGGAAAAGCUGGGAGAACAGUGGGUUCUGGAGUCGACUGGAGUACUUGGGAGAUGAGUUGACAGGUCUGGUCAUGACCAAGACAAAAACUCAGCGUGGCCUCAUGGAGCCCAUCACUCACAUCAGGAAGCCGCACUCCAUCCGGGUGGAGACAGGAUUACCAGCCCAGAGGGAUGCUUCGUACCGCUACACCUGGGAUCGGAGUCUGUUUCUGAUCUACCGACGCAAGGAGCUGCAGAGAAUCAUGGCAGAGCUGGAUUUCACCCAGCAGGAUAUUGAUGGCUUGGAGGUGGUGGGCAAAGGGCAGCCCUUCUCGGCUGUCACCGUGGAAGACUACACAGUGUUUGAAAGGAGCCAGGAAAGCUCCUCUGAAGAAGAUACAACAUACUUAAGCUCAUUGGCCAGUUCCUCUGAUGUCCCCAUGCCUAUUCUCGGCCCUUCUCUGCUGUUUUGUGGGAAGCCAGCUUGCUGGAUCAGAGGCAAUAACCCCCAGGACAAGAGGCAGAUCGGGAUUGCUGUUCACUUGACCUUUGAAACCCUAGAAGGGGAGAAAACCUCCUCAGAACUGACCGUGGUCAAUAAUGGCACUGUGGCCAUUUGGUAUCACUGGCAACGGCGGCACCAGCAGGACAGUUUCCAAGACCUGAAGAAAAACAGGAUGCAGCGGUUUUACUUUAACAACCGGGAAGGUGUGAUUCUGCCUGGAAAAACUAAAAGCUUUACCUUCUUCUUCAAGUCUUUGACUGCUGGGAUCUUCAGGGAAUUUUGGGAGUUUGGAACCCAUCCUACUCUAUUAGGAGGUGCUAUGCUGCAGGUCAAUCUCCAUGCGGUCUCCCUGACCCAGGACGUUUUUGAGGAUGAAAGGAAGGUACUGGAGAGCAAGCUGACUGCCCAUGAGGCAGUCACCAUCGUUCACGGAGUGCUGCAGGAGCUGCUGAUGGGGAUCUUGACCCCGGAGCGCACACCAUCACCUGUGGACGCCUAUCUCACUGAGGAAGACUUGUUCCAGCACAGGAAUCCUGAGCUGCAUUACGACCACCAAGUGCUGCAGAGCCUGCACGGGUUGUGGCUGCAGUACAUGACUCUUCCCCCAAAGGCUGAAGACGCCAGGCCAGGGGACGAGGAACACCUCAACCCCAUAGCCACAGAGAAAACCUCCGGAAAUACCGAGCUCUUACCACACCUUAGGAGCCCCAUCUCAGAACCUCAAGUGUCCCGGCCCGAGAAUGAGGCCCUUAGGGAAUCUGGGUCCCAGAAGGCCAGAGUGGGGACCAAGAGUCCUCGGCGGAAAAGCAUCAUGGAGGAGAUCCUGGUGGAGGAAAGCCCAGAAGUGGACAGUGCCAAAAGCCCCUGGGAGCCGGACGGCCUUCCCCUGCUGGAGUGGAACCUCUGCCUGGAGGACUUCAGAGAGGCAGUGAUGGUGCUCCCUGAUGAGAACCAGAGAGAGGAUGCGCUGAUGAGGCUCAACAGAGCAGCCCUGGAGCUGUGCCAGAAGCCAAGGCCACUGCAGUCCGACCUCCUGCACCAGAUGUGUUUGCAGCUGUGGCGAGAGGUGAUUGACAGCCUGGUGAGCCAUUCCCUGUGGCUGAGGGCUCUGCUGGGCCUGCCUGAUAAGGAGACCAUCUAUUUGAAUGUGCCCGAAGAGCAAGAUCAAAAGUCACUUCCCAUCACGGAAGUGAAGGUGCCUGCCGGGAAAGUUGGGAAGGAGGAGCGGAAAGGAGCGGCCCAGGAAAAGAAGCAACUGGGGAUCAAAGACAAAGAGGAUAAAAAAGGAGCCAAGCUGCCCGGGAAAGAGCAGGACCGUCCCAACAGCAAGAAGCACAAGGCAAAGGACGACAAGAGAGUCAUAAAAUCUGCAAGUCGGGAUAGGUUGACCUUGGAAGACCCUACCCCUGACAUCAUCCUCCCUUCUCAGGAACCCAUAGACCCCCUGGUCAUGGAGAAAUACACCCAGAGGCUGCACACUGAGGUCCAUGGGCUGCUGGACACCCUGGUGACCGACCUGAUGGUCCUAGCUGAUGAGCUCAGCCCUGUAAAGAAUGUCGAAGAGCAUUUGCAUCUCUGCAGGUGACUCGGGCCCAAGCAAUCUUCUGGAAAAUGGGUUAAUAAAUAAAUCUAUUGUG